CACUGCGAACAAAGAACGCGGCUGUGAUGCGCCAAAAAGCGAGACAAUUCCACCUUAAAUGGCGUUGAGCGGGCGCCAUCUUCAGUCCACCUUAAGCGCACGUUGUGGCGAAAAAAGGAACGCCGCGGAGUCCUAAACGGGCUUCCGUAGCCGGGGAGUCGCACUUGAGGAACAACCCCGCCGAACAUCAUCCGCAUUAUCCGGGGAGAACAUGUCCGGACCGAACAACAAGUACCGGGAGUGGAUACUGGAAACCAUCGACUCGCUCCGCUCCAGGAAAGCGCGCCCGGACCUGGAGAGAAUUUGUCGAAUGGUCCGCCGACGACACGGGUCAGACCCGGACCGAACCAGGGCGGAACUGGAGAAACUGAUCCAGGAUCAGACUGUGUUGAAAGUUAGCUACAAGGGGUCUAUCUCGUACCGGAACGCGGCUAAGGUGCAGCGGAAGAGCCGGAAGAAAGAGGCGGCGGCGGCGGCAGCGGCGGAGCUUGUGAGCAACAACAACGGCGACAGCGCGCUCAGCCUCACCGACCAGGAGGAGGACUCCGGGGAGCCCAGCCCGGAUCACCGACCCGUGAAGAAGAGGCGAAUUAAUAAGUCUCACGGGAGUGGUGGUGGUGCGGCGGCGGAAGAAGAUGAAUCAGGACCGCCAGAAGUCCGCCCGGACACGCGGGACGGUGAACCGUCCGAGCAAAGUUCCGCCGCAUGCGCCGGCGAACACCAACAAAACGCGCCGCUUCGCCCCAAACUUGGACUCGGGAGACCCGCAUCCAACUUGGACCUGUCCGAGCGGAGCCUCCGCCUCGGCGCCGACGUCGCCAUCCCCGCCAAGCCGCUCGGACUGCGAGAGAUCUGGGGCUACCUCAGCGGCCAGGAGCGCCUCUCGGAGGAGAAAGUCAAGGCGGUGAUGGAGAAAGAGGUGGCGGUGAGAGGCCGGCUGCGCAGGACACGCUGCGGGAACGCCGCUCUCCCCCCGCGGGGGGCGAGGACGGCGGAGGGGUCCGGCGGGAGACUCGCAAAGGACAAAAAGGGCUGGGUCGGUCGGGAUGGAGUGCAAAGCGGGGGCUUGUGGCUGGGACGAGCCGCCACGUCCUCGUCCAAGUCACCAUCUGCUGAAGCCAAGAAGCAGCACAAAGUUCUCCUUAAAGUUGUGUCCAUCCAUGAACAUAGUGACAAAGAGAGCCUGUCAGGUGUGGACCCCAUCGCUAUGACUGGGUGUUCGCCUCCUUUGGGUGCUUCCCCAUCACGAUGCAACAGUAAACAUGUGGACCAGACACCUGCCACACCUGAUCAGAUCGAUUUGCUCGAAGACGCCCAGUCAGGCUUUAACGGUGUUGAGCGUAAGACGGAAGUGGGCGUGUCCUCCUGCCUGCUCACACCCACCGCCUCCCCCAGAGACAACGGCCUGUCUGAAGAGCCCGGGAUGAAUUGUGGCGUUACCAAUGGAGGGUUUAUUAAGAUGGAAGGAGCCAGCGGGAGCCCAGUGAACUGGACCGUGCCUGAUGUGGUCUCCUAUUUUACGAGCGCCGGUUUCCCCGAGCAGGCCACUGCCUUUGGGACACAGGAAAUCGAUGGGAAGUCCCUUCUCCUCAUGCAGCGUAAUGACGUUUUGAUUGGCCUGUCAAUCAAACUGGGCCCCGCCCUCAAGAUCUACGAGCACCACGUGAAGGUUUUGCAAAAAACUCACUUCGAUGAUGACGACUGUACAUGAAUACGCGCGACAGUCAAAUAUUUCAACAGACGCACACAUGCAUAAAAAACACUUCCAGGGCCUUCUCUGCUCAAUGAGUGGCAAUACACAGAAAAAGGAUUUCUCACCAAUAUGAGAAGUACUCAAGAUUUUUUUUCCAUGCCGUUUCUCAGUCAAAGUGUGCGCGGUUUUGCUCAUGGGCGUUCACAGAUGCUGACUUUGAUGUUAAAAAGUGAGAACUUGCAGACGACCUUCAAGCUAUUUGGCAUAUCUGUGCACGAUGCCGAGUAGAUUUUUGGAUGCUGUGGAAGGCGCACGUCUUGCUGAGAGUCUCUGCGAGGGGAGAUGUUUAAUGGAGCAUGUCGGAUUGAGAGGCAGCAAAUUACAAAUUAAUCAGAUUGACACGUCAUUAGGCUCUAAUGCGAUACAGUUCCAGAGCUGGUACUUUAUCACAAGGUCUGCAUUUACAAAGAUGGGUGGGAUUGACACAGUCCGGCAGUGUGUUGAUGUAGUUUGCCGUGGUGGACAACUCCACUGCAGGAUACUGAAAUGUAUCAACUAUUUAUUCGCUAUCUUAGACCACAGGUGUCAAACUCAAGGCCUUAUGUGGCCCGCCUUGUCAUUUAACGUGGCCCUCCAUGUCAUUUAUAGGCCUCGACAUUUUUUGAAGUGGAAUGCCACAUCAUUUAUGUGGUCCGGCACAUUUUUAAAGUGGCCUCCCACCACAUUUUAUGUUGUCUGCCACAUUGUUUCUUAUUUUAAAUGGCCUAUGUAUCGUUUACAUCCGGGGUCCCCAAACUACGGCCCGCAGCGUCUAAAAUCUGGCCCCCGGGAAGUCCCAGGUAAAAAAAAAAAUCAUGAUAUAGUUUUUUAUAUAUUUUUUAAAUCAUCCUUUUUUUAAAUAUGUCCUUUCUCAUCCAUUUUCUACCGCCUGUUACUCUCGGUGUCUCAUAGCCACUAGGCAAAUCAUGAAAAUGCAUUUUCCCAUCGAUAACGUGAUAUCAUCGUGCUCAGAAUAUACAGUCGUAGUCAAAAGUUUACAUGCUCUUGUAAAGAACAUAAUGUCAUGGCUGCCUUGAGUUUCCAAUCAUUUCUACAACUCUUAUUUUUUUGUGAUAGAGUGAUUGGAGAACAUACUUGUUGCUCACAAAAAACAUUCAUGAAGUUUGGUUCUUUUAUGAAUUUAUUAUGGGUCGACUGAAAAUGUGACCAAAUAUGAUGGGUCAAAAGUAUACAUACAGCAAUGUUAAAGGCCUACUGAAAUGAGAUUUUCUUAUUUAAACGGGGAUAGCAGGUCCAUUCUAUGUGUCAUACUUGAUCAUUUAGCGAUAUUGCCAGAAUUUUGCUGAAAGGAUUUAGUAGAGAACAUCGACGAUAAAGUUCGCAAAAGGCCUUACCUUUACCGGAAGUAUCAGACGAUGUGCGCGUGACGUCACUGGUUGUAAAGCUCCUCACAUCUUCACAUCCUCACAUCGUUUACAAUCAUAGCCACCAGCAGCUAGAGCGAUUCGGACCGAGAAAGUGACAAUUUCCCCAUUAAUUUGAGCGAGGAUGAAAUAUUCGUGGAUGAGGAUAUUGAGAGUGAAGGACGACAAAAAAAAAAAGGUGAGAGCGAUUCAGAAGUUAUUAGAAACAUUUACAAGGAUAAUUCUGGAAAAUCCCUUAUCUGCCUAUUGUGUUACUAGUGUUUAGGGAUUUUACAUAGUACCUGAAAGUCGGAGAGGUGUGGCCACGGGUGUGGUGGCCGCAGUGUCUCCGGUGGGAGGAGGUAAUAGUCCGCAGCUGCUGCAGGAGGAUGCCAUCUCCGCUCAUGUCUACGGUAAGAGCCAACUUAUUACCACAAUUUUCUCACCGAAACCUGCCGGUUGACAUGUUCGCUUGACCGCUCUGAUCCAUAGUAAAGCUUCACCUUCGGGAAUUUUAAACAAGGAAACACCGGCUGUGUUUGUGUGGCUAAAGGGUAAAAGCUUCCCACCUCCAUCUUUCUACUUUGACCUCUCCAUUUUUAAUUGAACAAAUUGCAAAAGAUUCAGCAACACAGAUGUCCAGAAUAUUGUGUAAUUAUGCGAUUAAAGCAGACUACUUAUAGCUUGGAUCGGGCUGGAAAAUAAUGUCCUCUACAACCCGAGACGUCAAACGCACGCGUCAUCAUACCGCGACGUUUUCAACACGACACUUCGCGGGAAAUUUAAAAUUGCAAUCUAGUAAACUAAAAUGGCCGUAUUGGCAUGUGUUGCAAUGUUAAUAUUUCAUCAUUGAUAUAUAAACUAUCAGACUGCGUGGUCGGUAGUAGUGGGUUUCUGUAGGUCUUUAAUAUUUGGUUACAUGUCCCUUGGCAAGUUUCACUGCAAUCAGCCGCUUUUGGUAGCCAUCUACAAUAUUCUGGCAAGCUUCUGGUUGAAUUUUUGAUCACUCCUCUGGACAAAAUUGGUGCAGUUCAGCUAAAUUUCUUGGUUUUCUGACUUGGACUUGUUUCUUCAGCAUUGUCCGCACGUUUAACAGCUUAACAGAUACCAAACAGCUAAAUGUUUGUUUUAUCUGACCACAGAACUUUCCUCAAGAAGGUCUUAUAUUUGUCCAUGUGAUAUCAUAUGAAAUAAAAAUAUAUCUUUUUGGCCACAAUACCCAGCAAUAUGUUUGUUGGGGAAAAGGUGAGGCCUUUAAUCCCAAGAACACAAUCCCUAUUGUCAAGCGUGGUGGUGGUAGUAUUAUGCUCUGGGCCUGUUUUGCCGCCAAUGGAACUGGUGCUUUAAAUGGUACAAUGAUAAAGGAGGAUUACCUCCAAAUCUUUCAUGACAACCUAAAAUCAUCAGUCCGGAGGUUGGGUCUUGGGUACAGUUGGGUGUUCCAACAGGACAAUGACCCCAAACACACGUCAAAAGUCUUAAAGGAAUGGCUAAAUCAGGCUAGAAUUAAGGUUUUAGAAUGGCCUUCCCAAAGUCCUGACUUAAACGUGUGGACAAUGCUGAAGAAACAAGUCCAUGUCAGAAAACUAACACAUU